GCGCAACUGCCAUACUGGGGUUCUGGCGGCUUGUAGUGCAAUGCAGGUUGACUAUAAACAGCUUGAGGUUUGGCUCCACGGGAAGCUGAAACCCCUGUGUGUUGCUGAUCCGAUUCCACUUUCUCAGUAUGUAAUAGCCCUGAUAAAAAAGGACAAAGGCGAGCAGGAACUAAGGGAAAUAUGUAUUGACCAAUUGGAAGUAUUCUUGCAAGAAAAUACAGCAAAGUUCGUAGAGGAUUUGUUUGCUGUACUUAAAUCAAGAACAUAUGUUGCGUGUGAAACAUUAAAACAAACUCAGUCUUCGGACAACUCUUACCCAAAGGAUUCUUCUGGAAAAAACCCUUGUGGAAAUACUUUUGAUAAUGUACCAAAAGACAGGAAAAGACAUUUGACAAACAAUAACACUAACGUUCCAAAUGCCACGGACACUUGUGCUCCCAAGCAGAAACGAAAACGCUCACCGGAGAAUAAAGCAAAAAGAAUUUCGUCAGAUAGUCGUUCACGCAGUCCCCAUUCUCCAGGAAAACCAAUAAAUAAUGCAAGUACAACUAGCAGGCAACAUGGGAAAGAACUUGAACCACAUGUAGAUUCCUGCAGUCGUGGACGUCAUAAUAACCACUCAGAAGAACCCAGCUUAAAAACAGUGGAUGGUCAUAUCAAACGCAAUUCAUCAGGUAGUUCAAAUGAAGAAGUAACCCAUUCAAAUACAAUUUCAUCGCGUCGGAAUAAGUAUAAUGAUUCAGAAUCACAUAAGUAUAACAGUCGUGAACGUAUCCACUCACGACACAAAGAUGAGCAUAGCAAUCGUUCGUGUAAAUCUUUUGCGAAGUCUGUCACCGAUUACAGAGUAGUUGAUGAAAAGUGUCGAGCUGUAAGGAACCGUCGCUGUCGUGAUUUUGAAGAGCGUGGUUUUUGUGUAUAUGGAGACAGAUGUCAGUAUGACCACGGCCCGAAUGCUUUGGUAAUUUCGUCUGCUAAAUCUGCUGUGUCCGCCAUCGCUCAUCUCACAAACCCUCUGUUAGAUACUAAUCCACUCUCAAAUAGUACUGGGGAUUUACCAAUGAAUGUUGGAAAAGAGGCAUCAAAAUCUAGUACACUUCAGCCUCAAUCUUUUGUAGCAGCUGUUCUAUCUGGACCUACUGAACUUAACGAUUUAAAUCAACAUAUUGGUACUCCUCUUAUUCCUGUUUAUCACCCGACUCCAAUUAAUCAUCCAGAUAAUCAAAUGUUAAUGACCUGUUGCAUUGAUCAGUCAUCGGAUACUGGAUUACUUCCUCAGGUUUCUAACCCUUCUGUUUUGUAUAGUAAAUCCAAUUGGAAGCCUCCCCGUUUGCAGAAUAACAUGCAACAACGUUCUAAUAAUUUUCGCGUAUUUAACAAUGUCAACACUAUUAGUCGAAAUAUAGUUCCUUUGCCAAUGAUUCAAAAUACUAACAAUAAAGAUCAAACCGAAAUUAAUUCAGCUCCACCUGCCUAUGAACCAGAUCGACCACAUUUGUCCAUGAUUUCGACGUCCGAGUCUAAUAUUCUACAGUCUUGCGAUACUUCAGAUGUAGAACAUAAUGCCUCUACCCCACCAUUAUCAUAUAAACCCAGUCCUAUCACUGAACAAAUCAGUUCAUAUGCUGUAGUCCCAAAAACAUCAGGAGUAACAGAUCUUUCUUUGGAUAUCACUUCUCGAACUGUUGAUCCUCGUACUACUCUGUAUAUCGAUCGUCUUCCUUGGAAACUUAAUGAUGCGGAUAAAAUUCGUGAGCAUUUUGCUCAAUUUGGUCAUGUAAUAAACGUCAUUGCUAGAUACAAGGGCAUGGUAGGUUCCGCAGUGGUUGAGUUUUCUUCAUCAGAUGAAGCUGAGAAAGCCUAUCGAAGCCCCAUUCCUAUGUUUUCAAAUAGAUUUAUUCGAAUUUACACUCGUUUUCCAGAAAACUUCAAACACAAUGCUCGAAGUAUGACUAGUCGUUUCCCUCGUCCCAAGAGUAUACUGGAUCGUUUAGGAACACGACCUGUUCCUGGAAAUAACAAGAUUAAUUCAUAUUCAUGGAUGAGUAUGACGAAUGACUGUAUAGAAAAUCAACACGUUCCUGGCAGCAUUCUUCCUGAUGAUACCAUCCAAAGGGGUAAUAGAUCUCGUUGGCGUUUAGAACGUAAUCCAACCAGUGGAGAUGCCUUAUUAUCGGGUGAUGAAGAAGACGAUUUAAUUGACGAAAAUCCGACCAUAGAUAGUCAUGAACGAAAUUCUGCCACUUUCAUCAAAGAACGUAGUAAAGCUUUUAAUCAAAGAAUUGAUAAAGUAGUAGAUAAUUAUGUUGAUCUUAAUGCCGAUCAAGAGUCAUUAUUAUUUACUCGUAAUCCUGAUACAGCAAGGCAAUUCAAUAAUAGUAAUAAUAUAACUGUUACGUCAAGUCCUUAUACUUUGUCGCAUAAACAAGAGGCUGAGGCAAUUCUUUGGGAGCGUCGUAAAAUGGCUGCAUUGAGACAACGUAAAGAACAACUUAUGCUUUUAGAUAAGUCUCGUGAAGCCCGAGAAUCAGUGAUUGAGGCUCGAAAACAACGAAUUACUAAACUGAAGUUGCUUCUUGAAAAAGUGAUGAGUCAGUUGGAAAAUAAUCGUACUAGCGAAACAGACAAUUGUACAGAUUCGAAACCACUGACAUUGGAUGAAAGACGAAAAUUACUUACUGAAGCCAAACGACUACAAACUGAGCUUGAAUCGACUUUGGAAGCUGAGAAGAAAGAUUUGGAUAUCCGAAGUUUAAACCGAGAAUCAAACAGCAAAAAAAUGUUCAUUUCAAAACCAUUAGGAAGCACAACAAUUAGUGCGGCCGCAUUACAAGCUUUGCCGAGUCCAAUUCGAUUAGAAAGACAAAAACAAAUUUCUGAAAUUCAAAUCGAAAUCGAUAAAUUGGAAGCAAACCUACGUGAUGCAACUCAAGAUGAGGUUAAAUUAAAAGAAGGUCGUCGAAGGAUCGUAGAACUUAAACGCCAGCUUGUCGACUUGGAGACAGUCCGGCCAUCAGAUAUGUUUUUGUCUCAAAACACAAGCGGUUGUGCUCCCGGCGACAAUUCCGCAUACCCAAACAGAACCCAAACCAAACUUGAUAAGCGACCUCGAACUUUGUAUAUUACUGGCAUCGAACCAGAUGAUGUAGAAAACUUUCAAAAUGCCCUUUCAGUAUGUAUUUUGCUCUUAAAAAAUCUGUUUUCAUACCAAAAAGUUUUUAAUAGCAUAUAUUAUUAUUACUAUGCUAAUAUAAUCACCUGUCUGGAAUGUGUUUUACGCUACUGUUGAAUAAAACAAAUAUUAAAUAGAACUACUAUGAUGUCGAAAUUUCCCGUAUUCAUGUAGUGUAAGAUCAAUGUAACUUGCUUGCGUAUCACUUCUCGGAUGACAUCUCUAUUCACACAGAUGUAAUAACUAUAUACUUAUGUUCGAAUAUAAAUUAGUCAGCAGUCUCUGAACCUAGUAUUCCUUCAUCGCAUUUAUGGCCUUGGUGUAAUAUUUGUGUCAGAUCAGUUUUUCUUUGUUCGCAUUUACAGCUCAUGGUGAUGGUCUGUGAGUAGUUAUUUAAGCUGGAAGUUAUCGAGUUCAUGAUUCAAGAAGUGAGUUUGUGGCGCCUUUCUUCUGCUCUUCACUAUCUGCCUCUCAACACGUUAGUAUUCCCGCUAGAGUAUAUUUGACAAAUAUAUAACAACUAAUAUAAACCAGAAUGCUUUAUUACUAUUUAUGUAUAAACAGUUACGCAUAUUACCUGUGUACAUGUUCAAAAAUGUGGAAAUUGUGUGUUACUCCUGAAAUUAUCAACGACUUUCCAAUUGAUUCCACCAACGCAGGCACCUAGUUUCAAAGUGUGGCACAUCUUACACGUAGACUGUCCUAAAAAAUCAGGUGACUAAAUUCAAGAACUGUAGUACUAUCAAAGCUUUAUUUUCACUUUUGAAAUUUUAAAUGCCGAUCGGUUUUGACUUUUCCUGAAUUUCUCAUUAUACUUCAAGCUAAAUUACCUGCAUACACAAUCUUGUACAAAACAAACUAACCCUGAAACUAAUCAGUUAGUACUGGAAGUUACGUUUUGCACUCGUGAUUUCGCCGAGGCAGCUAUUCGUCUGUUUACCCAGUUUCAUGGACGUGACUUACAAAUGAGUUUUGUGUAUCCAGCACUGUCCGAAACCAAAUCUGGGAAUUUUACUGAUAAUGAUGUAAAAAAUGUAAGUUCGGUUUUAGAUUAUACUUUCUUCAUUUAUAAUCAUUUAAUCACAAGUUGUGUAGAUUCUUCAAUUUUCUUUACUUAUUUGUGUAUUUUGACUUGCCUUAUCUCGAUUCUACGUCAUUUAAUUCAUAAUAGUUUAACGUAUAUCUCUAUCAUUUUUAACAACUAUUAGGAAGACGAUCUGGGAGGUCCCAUUUAGAAAGUUAAGUAGGUAAUAUUUUGUCACGUUUAGUAUUUCGUGACGUUUGUCAUUCCAUUAUCAUUAUAAUGGUCAUUUAAUCUAUAUAUCCCGUAUUAUGAAAAAUGCUUGUAGAGUAUGGAAUUUCACUUAUUUCUUAGUUGUGUGUAAAUCAAAUCAUUUUCUUCAGUCGAAUUCCGUUCAUAUCUUUUUACUUUUACAACUUCAAAGGUGAUUUCGUUGUUUAUCCUCGAUAAUUAAAUAUAUUUUAAAAUAAGUGUCCAUCAGAGUGUUUUGUAAUAGGGUCUUAUGGUUGUCAUACUAUUUUUCGUGGUAUGGUGUGUUUUAAUUUGAACAUUUCAUUUAACAAAUCGACCGAUUCGCAUUACUAACCUAUGUUCCUCAUUAUUAGGUUUCGUCCACACAAACUGAAACUUCAGACCAAUUACAAGCUAUCACAUCUUCAGAGUCUUUGGAUUAUUCUGCUCAUUCCAGCCCUACAUCUACUACUGCUCUGAAUAACAUGUCCUUAUGACUGACAUCCAGUUCCCUAUCCGAAUAUCGCUAGUGAUUCGUGUAGAAAGAAAUAACGUUCCUAAUGCGAUAUCUUCCGACAAUAACGUUUUCCUUGAGAAAAAUAUAUUUUAUUUAAAACUUUUCUACUUCAAAAGUUUUUUCAUUGUUUGGCUAUGUACACACUGUUUCUUAGUAACGAGUUGAGUAUCAACUGAUCUUAAUUUCUAUGAAAGUGAUAUAGUAGAUUCUAUCAAUAAACCCACUAUUCUCCUUUU